AUGUUCUAUAUUUUCCCAGCUAAUUAUGUCGUGUCGGGUAUUUUGGAAAAUGAUUUUCCCGGAUUAUGUAUACAAAAUUGUGUCACUCAUUAUCCAUUUGUAUCGACAAAACACUCCAAAGCAACAAGUACAAGGGCAUCGUCUUUGCCAUCAUCGAAGCGCUCAAAAGAAGAUAAGAAAAGUCCUCAGUCUCAACAGUCACCAGAUACUAAAUAUUCUGAAGACAAUUUACAAUCACCAUUAGGUUUUAAUCCGACAACAUUUAAAUUAUGUAAAACAUUAGAAUAUUUUCAACCGAAAAUUAUUGUUCAACAAGAGAAUCCAGAUAAACCGGAAACAGUUUAUGAAGUUUCAAUAAAAGGUUGGAAAAUAAGUAAUAGUCAAUUGGAUGUAUUGAUCAAUUGUUUUGCUGUUAUGAAUAAACUUUCAAAAUUAGUAUUUUGGAGGGUUGGAUUCACAGCUGAACAAAUAACUCAGUUGGCUUCAUAUUUGUCUACCAACAGCACUAUCAAGUCGCUGACAAUCGAUGCAAAUGAAGCAUUAGAAAUUGGUUCAUAUGCUCAAUUAAUUGAUGAAUCGAAUAAUUUAACAAAAUUACGAUUGAGAUAUUGUGAAAUUGGACCAAUGGAAGCAAAAUUAAUUAGUCUACGAUUAGGAACAAUGCAAUUUGUCAAUAAAAAGCUAAUGAGUCUUGAUCUAUCUGGUAAUCAGUUAGGAGAUGAAGGCGCCAUUUAUUUGGCUGAAGCACUGAGAACUAAUCGUACACUGCUUACACUGUCACUUAGUAACAAUAAAAUUACCGAUAUCGGUUGUAUAGCGCUGGCAAAAUCUAUCAAAAAAGAAUUGAGAUAA